GUUAGAAUAAAGGAGCGUGUAAAACAGCGUGGUAUGGAUGUUGGAGUUCCCUUGCAAGCAACUGACCUUUUGCCGAAACCUGUCGAUGAAACUGUUACAAAAAUAGCUUGUAUUAAAGCGUUGGUAACAGCGGGUUCUACGUUUCAGGAAUUGAAUAAGGAUCAAGGGCGAAUGUGCCAUGGGGCUUCCACUUUGCUGUCGGAUCAGUUUGGUAUGCCUGCUUUAGCUUGCGUUUUGCAUCAUAUUUACAGUGCUGAAGAAGAUGAUGCUGUCAGGCUGCUUUUACUAGGUUUAAGCUGUGCAAAGCUUGGGAUGGAGAAGGAUAAUCUUGUAGACUGGUACCCGACGUUUGGUGGGCCAUGGGCAUCAGCACCUUGCAAGGCGCGCGACUUGGAUGUGAAGGUACCUCCAGAGUAUUUGACUAAUGUUAUGAUCCGGGGAAAGCUUCCGAAUAUUAGACUGAACAAUCUUGCUGAAGACACCCUGUUCUUUCUGUUUUACAAUUUUCCUGGUGAAGUCUAUCAGCGUGCAGCUGCUUGUGAAUUGUUUAAUAGAAACUGGAGGUACCACAAAAUAAGACGUCUUUGGCUGACAAGGACGAAGCCAGGUGAACUUAGAGUUCAGACAUCAACGUAUGAAGUCGGCACUUAUAGCGUAUUUGACCAUGUUCAGUGGCGAAAAAUGCAGACUCAAAUGACUGUUGAGUACCAGGACUUAGAAGAAAGGCCUUUGCUUCCUGAAACGAUGCAGGGGUAUUGUUCGCAGGUCGUCUCUCACAGUGUUUACCAGAGUUCAUCGUGA